AGCAAAGCAUAGAUAAAGCAGUUGCAUGCGAAGUUUACAGUAAAAACAUUGCUUGUGGGAAAAGUUAAAAACAAGCGAUGAAAAAACUUGUGACGUUCCUGGGGCUCUUGACGGCGGUACCGGCGUUUUCCAAAGAGUGCCAGAAGGAACAACAGAAGGCUCGGUACCACAUUUACAACACAAGCGUCGAGAUCAAGACCAUUUACUGUUUCGACGAGGUCGGAGACGAGUUCUUGUGUGAGAAAUUCAAGGCUACGGACGCAAUAGUUGCAGCAGACGACGCUUCUCGAUAUUGCCCACUCACCGGUUCAUACAAAAGGGUAUUUUGCAAGUUACCAAGCUAUGCCAAUCUGGUGGACAACAAAGUAGUACUUGCUGGCAACACUAUUUGUCAGUAUGACAGGUACUAUUGUAACAUUACAGGUAUAUCGAAGGUGGCAUUCUGGACAAACCGCAGCGCGUGUCGGUUCUCCCUUCAAGCUUACCAGGGCGAAUUUGACGUGUGGGCGAUCGAGGAAGGAAGAAGAAAUUUAAUCAGAAACGGACGAAUCGGUGUUGUACUGACGGAAAAGGAUAAGUUUUGUGGCGUUGAGGUGUGGAGGACGAACUACGAAGGUAUAAUUGCCUCGACAGCAGACAUAAACUCUUCUGAAUAUAAAAACUAUUCGGACUUUAAACAAAACUUCAAGCCCUUUUCCAAGAGGUUGUGCGAAUCAAGGUCUUUGAAACCCGUGCUGAGAACUUGGUACAUCUACAAGUACCCAAUAGAAGUUACUGUCUACGCGUGCCCUGGAAAUUCGUCAAGUCCUUGCGAACUACCACCCGAGAAACUACCAACGAAUAAUUCUAGACUCCUGGAGCUGCACAGCAAAGUUUGUGAACCUAACGCGACCCUAUGUAGGAAAACCCACGAAGUAGAUUUGGAGCAUGACGCAGUGAUGGGACUACCAGGAUGCAAAUACAGCGAAGGCCUUUGCCGGCCGUUCAAAGCCUUCUGGCACUACACCAACCGAUGCAAAGAAGUGCAAGAAGUAUACGAAAGCUACGAGACGCGGUGUGGGAAGAAAAAAUGCGUGGACCAAAGAGGUAACAGCACAAAGUUGAUCUUAGAGCGGGAGGGAAAACUAUGCGAGGAAAGCGUGUGGUAUACUGACCAACUCGGGCUGGUGGCUUCUGAAAAGGUGUUAGGGUUCUACCAGUCGACCAACAUAGUGAUUGAGCCGCAGAAGCAUGAGGAUUCUUCUUGGUUCCACCCGGAACCAGAUUUAAGUUCGACACAGGGAUCGGGAAGUGUAGAGUAUUAUAUAGUUGUUGCUUUAGCAAUCUGCGUGUUUGGGAUUGCGUUGAAAAUUGCAGCGUGUUUGGCUUACUUGUGUGCGAGAUGCAAAAAACGAAAUAGUGGUGUUUGUAAAGAAGUGGAACGGGGGAGAAUGGGACUGGCUGAUGAUUUUAACCGGUCACUGACCAGAUUCGAACAAUUUAGAACAAAUAAUAGAAUAAUUUAAGGAGCUUCUGAGGAUAUUAAUUCCUUAAAAUAUAAGUUAUGUACUCUCUUAAAUUACUUAACAAUAAAUUCGAGAUUUUUAUAGAUACCACGU